AGCCUUGCUUGAGAGUCAAGUAAACCUCUCUAUAUAAAGAGAAAAGAUGUAUCAAUAUAAUCAAGCAAGAAUUAAGAAGGAAAUCCCUUCCCUCUUGCCCGGCCGUGAGCAAAAAGGCCCCCGGCCGGCACUCUCGCGCCCUCCUUCUAGCAGCGCCAUAACAAUUUGGUAUCAGCUAGCUUCGGUUCGAUCAUGUCUUCACCACCGCCAAGCCCAUCUCUUCUGCUGCCUGUCACCUUGUCGCCUCCGGCGACCACCACGACCGUCACCCCGCUCCUGCCCGCGCCGGGAUCCUCUGUCGCGCCCGCCCCCACCGUCCUCACCUGGGAGGACGUGUCUGGGGUGCUGCGGGACCUAACCCAGGCGGUCCAGGAGAUCCACCUGUUCUUGGCCGGGUCCUACGGGCCGCACUCGGUUGUGCCGCCCAUCGCCGCCCCCGCGCCGCCGUGGCUGCCAUGGCAGCCGCCGCACCAGGCGGCCUUCGCCGCGCUCGGCGGGCCGCUGCAGCUUCCAUCCAUCGCCACCACCGCCCAGCCCUGGCUGCAGUGGCAACCGCCGCUCCUGGCGGCCUCCGCCGCGCCCGGCGCGACAGCGCAACAGCCGCUGCAGCUGCAGCAGCCACCGCCGGUCAGCUCCGCCGCCCAGUAUGGGAUGCCCUACGACGGGAGUGCGACGACCUCGUUUCCAUCAGCGCCGCCGCCAUCCCAGGGCGUCCACAUCCAGCAGAUCAAGUCCCUGCCGUCGCCGUCACCGCUUUCGUCUUGGAUCGCUACCCGCCACGUGUCGGCGGCGGUGAGGCUGCAGGCUGCUGCGCGCGGCCUCCUAGCGCGUCGGCGUGUGCGGGCGAUGCGUGGUCUGCAGCUGCCGCUCCUCCAAGUUGCCCUUCGCUGCGCAAAGGACCUCGAUCUCGUCCGCUGCGUCGGGGAUCUUGGGCAUGUGGUUUCCCCCACGGGCGGCCGGCAUGCUGUUUUCCUCGCGGGCAGCGACCUCAAAGUCUGCGACAUCGGCGGUUGGGGGGGCGCACCCCUCCUCGUCAUUCUUCAUCGCAAGUCCUCCACUCUUUCCUGUGCGGUGCAGACCAACAACCAUACACGUGCACUCCUUUUGUCCAGGUGGUGUCCAUAGGAUCCAGGUGGCUGUACACGUGCACGUCCAAAAUAAAGCGUCCUAGUCUAUUUCAGGUUGAGAAUAAUAAAACAAGCUGAGAUGUAAAAGGCUUGUUUUUAGGUGUUAGGUUUGUGUUGCGUCGAGUCAUGGUUAUAAGUUGGUUUGGCUGCAGCUCGAGGACAAGCUGCAUGUCCAGGUGGGGUGUAGUGUUAGAGUACGUAAUGGGCCUAAUGGGCCCAUUAGUCUUAGGGUUAAUUAGAGAUAAGGGUCGUUUGCUUAGGGGUCAAGUAAGCCUUGCUUGAGAGUCAAGUAAACCUCUCUAUAUAAAGAAAGAAGAUGUAUCAAUAUAAUCAAGCAAAAAUUAAGAUGGAAAUCCCUUCCCUCUUGCCCGGCCGUGGGCAAAAAGGCCCCCGGCCGGCACUCUCGCGCCCUCCUUCUAGCAGCGCCAUAACAAAUACACCCUUAUCGUUUCAAGGCAAAUUAUACAUAGUGUGGAUGAGCUUCACAUUCGAAGAGAACUCGGAUAUAUUCCAAGUUGAUCCACCACAGGAUGAUCAUGUGGUGGGCUCAGGUUCCUCAUUAUUACCAGAACCCAAGUUGGUUGCCACAAUUCCAACUGAGACUCUCACUCGUCCUAUCUUCCUGGUAGAAUGCGACUCACAGAUCCUUGUGACUGGCUAUACUGAUAGCUCCUGGUCGCAUAUGCUCAUUCAUAGACUUGCAGAUAUAACAUCGGAAAAACUGAUUCCGGUAAGAAGCAUUGGGGACAAGGCCUUGUUCCUUAAUCAUGUGAGGAGUCUGUCUGUUUCCUGUAAUGGGCCAUUGCCUACUGUUGUCAGCAACACCAUUGUUCAAGCCAGUCUGACAAAUGGGUCACUUACUGAGUAUAACCUUAGUACUGACGCUUGGUCACGACCUAUGGAUGGUUGCAUCCUAAGUGGCCCCGUAUUUGGCCCCUGUUGCCUUGUCUACCAUAUCUACACCUGCUGCAUUCGUGAAUACUGGAACAAAGGACAACUAUGCAAUCGGAAGAAAGCGUGCAACUGGCGAGUGAAGGGAAAGUGGCGCAGUGGGGUAUAGUCCACCUUGCUUAAGUUUCAAUGUUCCCCUUUUGGGUUUUACUCUGCUGGCGCUCAACACUUUUGCUGCUAAUCUAUUUACUAUUAGUAAGCGUGCACGUGCAAAUGCAUGCUUCGACUAAUAUUACAAACAUAUGUGAGAAUUAACAUACACACAAAAAUAUUUUGGCUGCACUAAAAAUUAUUACAAAUCAAGAAAACAUGUUUAUGACCAGUUCAAUUUAGUUGGUUCAAAUUAGUGUAAUUUCAUACAUAGCAUAAUGCUCACUGCUUUCUUAUGGUUCUCUGUUGCGAUCGUACGAAGAUAAAUCACACCUCAUUUAAUUUGUUGCCACAUAUACCAUGACAAACUGGCUCGGGUCACCACAUAAAGCCACAGUUAGCAUGAUGAUCAUCUAGCUAAACCAGUGCACUGAUUAUGUGCGAACGAAUGCAAAUUGAUGUAUAGAAGCUAGAGCUCAGUAUAAUGUCGGUGGAGCAAUGACCACAAAAUUUAGCUACAGCCACCACUAAACUGAAUCAUCUUAAAGCAUGUUCAUGUUCAUGUCCAUGUCAGUCUCACCGAUGCUUACGCAGUCCACACACUUAGCUCAUGCGCAAGCAGCUCAUACUUGUGAGAGGAGAUGAUGGGAGAAAGUCGCUCAAUCUUGCAAGUGUCGUACCAUGGGGGAGACGGAGACCCGGGGCAGACGGGGCGAGUCCUUUGAGAUCAGGGGAGAAGCAAGGCUGCCACUACAAACACCCACAAAAGAUCAGUAAAAGAAGCCAAGAAAGGAUUUAGUACAACUUAUAAUGUACUCCCUCCGUCCCAAAUUGGUUGACUUAGAUUUGUCUAGAUACGGAUGUAUCUAACACUAAAAUGUGUUUAAAUAUGUCCGUAUCUAGACAAAUCUGAGUCAACUAAUUCGGACGGAGGUUGUACUUCCCUAUACAUCAGGACACCUUGAAGUGGUAGGAUGAGUUCUCAUCGGGUGCUGUAACAAGAUAAAAAUCUGACAUGUGAUCAGGUGAACAUAGCAGUUCUCUGGUGAUCUAAGGCUACCUUGAAAGGCUUCAACUAAACAGUACACUAAUGGCCAAUCAGCCGAUUCUAGAAUUGUGGAGUCCAUAUUGAUAUAGUAGGUUAAGGACUUAAAGUGAGCCAAGUUGUUAAUUUUUCUCAUUCCCGACAUAUUAUCAGAUUAGUCUGGAAUGCUGGCACCAUCACCUUCUAUAACACAGACCUCUUUCGAUAGAGGGCUCCGUCCAAUAUGAGCUUCAGAUGGACUUGUUCGAGCUGUCCUGUAGCUAACCAAGCAAACAUCAGCAGGAAGAUUGGAUAAGGGUUUUGGCUUUUCUGUCCCAUACGCUUUCGUCUCAUGCAAAUCAUCCUCCUUGCUGACCA